UGAAACAUGAUUCUACACAAGAAAAUUCUCCAAGGAUUGAAAUUUCAGCAAUGAAUGGCAAUAGUGAGAAAAUAAAAUUUAUCGUCUCUGAAGAAGAAGAUGAAUUUGACGAUGCUAUUGAAACAGUUUCUUGUGGGUUUCAAUUGAAAGAUCAGUUAGACGUUAACAAGUUUAAUAAGCAACACACACAUAUGAGGCAAAGUAUGUCAGGAGCUCAUUUACUUCAACUAGAAAAAGAUACUUUGGCGACGGAUGCCAGAGAUUUGACAAUUGCCACUCCUGAAGAAUUCGUCAAACGUUUUGGAGGUCAUCAUGUUAUCAAUAAGGUAUUAAUUGCAAAUAAUGGAAUCGCAGCAGUUAAAUGCAUGCGUUCUAUUAGGAGAUGGGCAUACGAGAUGUUUAGGAAUGAACGAGCUAUUCGUUUUGUUGUAAUGGUUACACCUGAAGAUUUGAAAGCUAAUGCUGAAUAUAUUAAGCUUGCUGAUCAUUAUGUUCCGGUUCCUGGAGGAACAAAUAAUAAUAACUAUGCAAAUGUAGAACUUAUAUUAGAUAUUGCAAAGAGAAUGAAUGUUCAAGUAGUCUGGGCUGGAUGGGGGCAUGCCUCAGAAAACCCAAAACUUCCUGAACUUUUGAAUAAAAAUGGAAUUGCAUUUAUGGGUCCUCCGGAAAAAGCCAUGUGGGCUUUAGGCGAUAAAAUUGCGUCUUCUAUUGUAGCUCAAACAGCUGGAAUUCCUACAUUACCCUGGAGUGGUUCCGGUUUAAAAGCCGACUGGAAUGAAAAAGCUGGAAAUAAAAUUAAAAUAAAGCCAGAACUUUACAGAAAAGGCUGCGUUUCUGAUGUGGAUGAAGGAUUAAAAAUUGCCCAGGAGAUUGGUUUUCCAGUUAUGAUUAAAGCAUCUGAAGGGGGUGGAGGAAAAGGUAUUCGAAAAGCUGCUACAAUUGAUGAUUUUCCAGCUCAGUUUCGACAGGUCCAGACAGAAGUUCCUGGCUCACCCGUCUUCAUUAUGAAAAUGGCUACUUGUGCAAGGCAUUUAGAAGUUCAGCUUCUUGCUGAUUCAUAUGGAAAUGCCAUUUCUUUAUUUGGAAGAGACUGUUCAAUCCAGAGGCGUCAUCAAAAGAUUAUAGAAGAAGCACCAUGUGUUAUCGCAAAGCCUGAAGUGUUUGAACAAAUGGAAAAGGCUGCUGUACGGUUAGCCAAAAUGGUUGGCUAUGUUAGCACUGGAACAGUGGAGUACUUAUAUGAUGAAGAAGAUGGAAGUUUUUAUUUCUUGGAACUAAAUCCUCGCUUACAAGUGGAGCAUCCUUGCACUGAAAUGGUUGCUGACGUAAACCUUCCAGCGUGUCAGUUGCAAAUUGCCAUGGGUAUUCCUUUGCACAGGAUGAAGGAUAUUAGGGUUUUAUAUAAAGAGAAUCCCUGGAAUGAUUCUCCAAUCAAUUUUGACAGUCCGCCACAUAAGUCUCGCCCCUGGGGUCAUGUUAUUGCUGCAAGAAUUACAAGUGAAAAUCCAGAUGAAGGAUUCAAGCCUAGUGCAGGCACAGUUCAAGAGUUAAAUUUUAGAAGCAAUAAAAAUGUUUGGGGCUAUUUCAGUGUAACUGCUUCUGGUGGAUUACAUGAAUUUGCAGAUUCUCAAUUUGGACAUUGUUUCUCUUGGGGAGAAAAUCGUGAAGAAGCUCGAGAAAACCUUGUCGUUGCCCUUAAAGAAUUAUCUAUCAGAGGUGAUUUCAGGACAACUGUGGAAUACUUAAUUACUCUUUUAGAAACAAAUGAUUUUCAGAGAAAUGUUAUAAAUACCAGCUGGCUUGAUCAAUUAAUUGCCGAAAAAGUCAAGGCUGAAAAACCUGACACUACACUUGCUGUGAUUUGUGGAUCAUUACAUGUUGCUGAUCGAACCAUACUUGACAACUUUCAUAACUUUCAGACCUCCUUGGAAAAGGGGCAGAUUUUACCUGCAAACAUUCUGAACAAUACUGUAGAUGUUGAUCUGAUUUAUGAUGGUAUAAAAUAUAAAGUUCAGGUUACAAAAUCAGGCCCAAGUAGAUACUUUUUAGCUUUGAAUAAUUCCUAUAAGGAAAUUGAAGCUCACAGACUUAGUGAUGGUGGACUGUUAUUAUCAGUUGAUGGUGCUAGCUACACAACAUAUGUAAAAGAGGAAAUUGAUCAUUAUCGAGUUGUCAUUGGGAAUCAAACCUGUGUUUUUGAAAAGGAAAAUGAUCCAACAAUACUAAGGUCUCCCUCUACUGGAAAACUUAUUCAAUUUCUUGUUGAAGAUGGAGCUCAUGUGUACCCCAAUCAUGCAUAUGCAGAAAUUGAAGUUAUGAAAAUGGUAAUGACACUGACUGUUAGUGAAAGUGGAUGCAUUCAUUUUGUGAAAAGACCUGGUGCAGUCUUAGAAGCAGGUAGUAUACUGGCCCGUUUAGAAUUAGAUGAUCCCUCACAAAUGAAAAGGGCACAACUGUUUACUGGAGUGCUUCCUAAUGAUGAUUUUCCAAGCUGGCACGGUGAUAAAUUAAACCAAAUAUUUCAAGCUGCACGUCAAGAACUUGAAUAUGUACUAUCAGGUUUUGCUCUUCCUGAACCAUAUUUUACUCCUAAAAUGGCACAAGCUGUUAACACAUUUAUGAGAACUCUGAGAGAUCCAAGCUUGCCCCUUCUUGAACUACAGGAGAUUAUUUCAUCUAUUUCUGGAAGAAUUCCUCCCAAUGUUGAAAAAAAUAUUAAGAAGCUCAUGGCAAUGUAUUCCAGUAAUAUAACAUCAGUUUUAGCUCAGUUUCCAAGUCAACAAAUAGCUAGUGUUGUUGACUCCUAUGCUGCAACCUUACAGAAACGAUCGGAUCGUGAUGUUUUCUUUAUGACAACGCAAGGGAUUGUACAGUUGGUACAGCGUUAUAGGAAUGGAAUACGUGGUAGAAUGAAAGCAGUUGUACAAGAACUUUUAAAGCAGUAUUUAACUGUUGAAAUAGAAUUCCAAAAUGGCCACUAUGACAAAUGUGUUGCCUUAUUGAGAGAAAAGCAUAAAGAUGAAAUGGCUGUUGUGGUUGCAAAAAUUUUUUCUCAUUUGCAAGUUCACAAGAAGAACCAACUGAUAAUAAAGCUCAUAGAUCAUUUGUGUGGACAUGAGCCUGGUUUGACUGAUGAAUUGGCUUCAAUUUUAAAUGACUUGACAAUUUUAAAUAAGUCUGAAAAUUCAAAAGUUGCUUUACGUGCUCGACAGGUACUUAUUGCUGCUCAUCAGCCUCCAUAUGAACUUCGUCAUAAUCAAAUGGAGUCUAUUUUUCUGUCUGCUAUUGAUAUGUAUGGUCAUGAUUUUUGCCCAGAGAAUCUUCAGAAGUUGAUUAUGUCCGAAACAUCAAUAUUUGAUGUGUUGCAAGACUUCUUUUUUCAUAGUAAUACUGUUGUUCAAAGAGCUGCCUUAGAAGUUUAUGUUCGUCGGGCUUACAUAUCGUAUGAGCUGACUUGUCUCAAGCAUGUUACUUUGGUGUGUGGGACAUGCACAGCUUUAUUUCAAUUCCUUCUACCUUCUUCUCAUCCAAAUAGGGCUUUGCAUUUCACAUCUUGUAAUAUAAGAAAUGAAGAUUCUUCUGCUAUUUCCAGCUGGGAUAUUCGAGAAGCAUAUGAAAAUUGUCAUCGUUUAGGACUUUUAGCAGCUUAUACAAAUUUUGAACAGUUUAAAAAUGAAUUUGAGGACUUGAUAGAAGUUUUUGAAUCUUCUGGCUGUGCUAGAAAAAUAUAUGAUGCAAAUACCAGCAUAAAUGAGGAAGAUCGUGGAAGUUUUUCAGAAUCUGAAUCUGAAUCGCAUGCAGAUUACUGGAACAUAAUAAAUGUUGCAAUUUUGAUGUCAAAUGUUGAAGAUGAUGCUCAUUAUAGUCAACAGUUUUUGGAAUUUUGCCAAUCUAAUUUGAAUCUUUUUGCUCAGAAAAAGUUGCGUCGUAUAACAUUUGUUGUUUUGCAUAAGCAACAAUUUCCAAAGUAUUUCACUUAUAGAGCUAGACUUGAUUUUAAAGAGGACCGAAUCUACAGACAUUUGGAACCUGCCCUAGCCUUUCAGCUGGAAAUAAAUCGAUUAAGAAACUAUGAUUUGGAUGCUAUUCCCACUGCAAACCAAAAAAUGCAUUUAUAUUUGGGUAAAGCUAAAGUUGCUAAAGGACAAGAAGUCACUGACUACAGAUUUUUCAUUCGUUCUAUCAUUAGACAUUCAGAUUUAAUAACUAAAGAAGCAUCCUAUGAAUAUUUACAAAAUGAAGGAGAAAGGCUGCUUUUGGAAUCCAUGGAUGAAUUGGAAGUUGCUUUUACUCAUCCACAGGCAAAAAGAACAGAUUGUAAUCACAUAUUUUUGAAUUUUGUGCCCAAGGUGACUAUGGAUCUGUCCAAAAUUGCUGAGAAUGUCCGUGCUAUGGUAAUGCGAUAUGGUCCAAGGUUAUGGAAACUUAGAGUCCUCCAGGCAGAGCUUAAAAUGACUAUCAGACUUAGCCCCACUGCUAAAUGUAUGCCUAUCCGUUUGUAUCUUGCUAAUGAAAGUGGGUACUACUUGGACAUGAGUUUGUACAAAGAAGUGACGGAUCCCGUUACGGGCUUGACAAAAUUUGAAGCUUGGGGUCACAAACAAGGCCCAUUGCAUGAUUUGCCAAUAUCAACACCAUACAUGACAAAAGAUUACCUGCAGCUGAAACGUUUCCAAGCACAAUCAAAUGGCACUACAUAUGUGUAUGAUUUUCCCGACAUGUUUCAACAAUCUUUAAACCGCCUGUGGGAAGAACAUGUCAUGGGACGUCCAGAAAUAGAGAUUCCUACUCAGGUAUUAAAAUAUACAGAACUGGUGCUAGAUACAAACAGGAAUUUAGUGGAAAGAAAACGAUUGCCAGGAGAAAAUGAUAUUGGAAUGGUUGCUUGGAAAAUGACAUUUUUCACUCCAGAAUAUCCCCAAGGAAGAGAUGCAAUUGUCAUUUGUAAUGAUAUCACUCACUUAAUAGGAACUUUUGCACCACAGGAAGACUUUCUAUUUCUUAGAGCUUCUGAAAAAGCACGUGAACUGGGCAUUCCGCGAUUGUACAUAUCAGCAAACAGCGGUGCUCGUAUUGGAUUAGCUGAAGAAAUUAAACACAUUUUCAAUGUUGCCUGGAUUGAUUCAGAAAAUCCCGAUAAAGGCUAUAAGUACUUGUAUCUUACUCCUGAUAACUAUAAAAAAGUUAGUGCAAUGAACUCCAUUCAUGCAACUUUGAUUGAAGAUGAAGGGGAAUCAAGAUACAAAAUAACAGAUGUAGUAGGUAAAGAUGAAGGACUUGGAAUGAAAAAUUUACAGUGUGCUGGAAUGAUUGCUGGUGAAUCAUCACAAGCCUAUAAAGAUAUUGUAACUAUAAGCAUGGUAACAUGUCGUGCCAUUGGAAUUGGAGCAUAUUUAGUUCGGCUGGGUCAAAGAGUAAUUCAAAUUGAAAAUUCGCACAUUAUUUUGACUGGAGCUGCUGCACUGAAUAAGUUACUUGGCCGUGAAGUUUAUACUUCAAAUAAUCAACUAGGUGGUAUUCAAAUUAUGCACAACAAUGGAGUUUCUCAUGCAACAGCUAUUGAUGAUCUUGAAGGAAUAUAUCUUAUGUUAAAAUGGUUAGCAUUUAUGCCAAAGUCUCGAGGCAGUGAAUUGCCCAUUGUUGAACCCCUGGAUUCCGUUGACCGAGAUGUUGUUUUCACCCCUACUAGACUUCCUUAUGAUCCAAGAUACUUGCUUGCAGGAAGAGAAAGCCCUAACCUCCCUGGAUUUUGGGAAGAUGGUUUCUUUGAUUAUGGCUCAUUCUUAGAAGUGAUGCAACCUUGGGCUCAAACUGUUAUUUGCGGACGGGCUCGUUUAGGUGGCAUUCCAGUUGGCGUAAUUGCUGUUGAAACACGUACAGUUGAAAUUGAUGUUCCUGCUGAUCCUGCAAAUUUAGAUUCUGAGGCUAAGAUAAUUUCACAAGCAGGACAAGUAUGGUUUCCUGAUUCAGCUUAUAAAACUGCUCAAGCUAUAAAUGACUUCAACAAAGAAGAACUUCCACUUAUUGUUUUUGCAAAUUGGAGAGGUUUUUCUGGUGGCAUGAAAGAUAUGUAUGAUCAAGUUUUGAAAUUUGGUGCUAUGAUUGUUGAUGCUCUAAGGGAAUACAACCAACCAAUACUAGUAUAUAUUCCCCCAUAUGCUGAACUUCGAGGAGGAGCAUGGGUUGUUGUUGAUGCCACUAUUAAUGAAAAACAUAUGGAGAUGUAUGCAGAUCCUGAUAGUCGUGGUGGUAUUCUGGAGCCAGAGGGAACUGUAGAAAUUCGUUUUCGCAAAAAAGACCUUGUAAAGUCCAUGCAUAGAAUUGAUCCAGUGUGCAAAGAUUUAUUGCUUCAGCUAUCCUCCACUGAAAUCAGUGCCCAACAGAAAUCAAACUUAGAACGCUUGCUCAAUCAACGAGAAGAAUCUCUUCUUUCUGUGUAUCACCAAGUUGCCUUAACAUUUUCUGAUCUUCAUGAUACUCCCCGCCAUAUGAUGGACAAAGGUGCUAUUCAAGAAAUCAUACCAUGGGCUAAGUCAAGAACAUUUUUCUACUGGCGCCUUCGCAGACUAUUGCUUCAAAACCGCAUCAAAUCUGACAUUCUUACUUUCAAACCAACCCUUAGUGAUGGUGAAAUUGAUUUUAUGCUUCGUAGAUGGUUUGUAGAAGAGCAUGGUGCUGUUAAUCAAUAUUUGUGGGACGAUAAUAAAGCUGUUGUUGAAUGGCUGACUACUCAGUUGGAUACCUCAGCUGAAAGAACUCAUAUUUUAGAAAAUAUUCAUUGUCUUCGAAGGGAUUCAGUCAUCUCUCACAUACGAAACUUGUUGCAAUCAAAUCCAGACAUUGCAAUGGAUUCAGCUGUCCAUAUUAUUCAAAAUAUGACUCCUCAACAGAGAACAGAUAUUAUUAGUACAAUUCGUGCUUUUGAAGCUCAGGUUUCUGAUUCCCUGCCUUUAGACUCGAAAACUGACUUAAGUGCAAGCUUAAAUCCAUAAAGAGUUAGUACAAAAAAUAUGUGUUCAAGUGCCACAAUGUUUGUACCCAUUUUACAGUGAUAUAUAGUGCUUACUAUAUUGGUAUUGCAUUUAAGUUUUUGUGAUAAACAUUCACCAGUGAUUCCUUGCAGUUUUGUGAAGUCAACACUGAUUCUAGUGUAAUUACAUUGGAAUUUGUUCGUGUUUGUUGUAAAUAUGUUUUUUUUUUUUCACUGUAAAAUGUUCAUAGUUUGAAAUGUGCUUCAUACUUUUUCAUUUGUUUUCUGUUUUGAUUUUGUUAAAUUCUUACAUUUGUGAAAUCUUUAUGGUCCCCACUUUUGGGUUUGAUUAACCAUGACUAUUUUUCAUUUAUCCCUAAAAAUUGUUGAUAUACUAUGUUUUUUACACUUUGCAUAUGAUAUACCAUGCAUAUUGUUUACUGACUUAAUAUAUUUUUGUUGUAACUAUUUAAUGCAGAAUAAAUUGAUACGUAC